UUCAGUUGAAACUAACUGAAGCCACAGAAAAUCCCUUUCUGUCAGUAAUCUCUUUUCUGUUCACUCAUUUACUUUUCAGAGAAGGCAGGCAGACGUUUUUCUCGUCAUUAAAGGGUUUGAAUCAUCCGGUGGUGACCAAUUGAGAGACAAGAAACUGAUUCAUCAUUAAGCACUUGUCUUGUCCUUCAGUUUAGAGUGAAACGUAACUCAACCGGAGAGCAUUGAGAAGCCGGUGUUUCUGAGACUACAAGAAGGUCCACUAUACAGUAAGAAUGAGAAAAGGGACCAGGAAGAAGUCAUAAUGGAGGUUCUAUGUUGUCUCUAUGUCAUCCUGCUCCUCCCCCUACUAACCUGCUCCAGCCAACCACAGUCCUAUCUGCAGUGUGUCAAUGACUUCAUCAGUAACAUCACAUGUGUGUUGAACAACACAUACGUGCCACCAGACAUGCCGUGCACUCUGCAUGGUGAAUACCCCGGGUUUAAAAGGCAAUGUGAGAUGAAGUCCUUGGGCGGUUCCAACUCAACGUUGAGAGGCGGCAGUCUGGUCUUUGAGGACAAUCCAUUCUUUUGGGAAGAUGAUAAAAUACCCAUUGGUGUACGGUGUGGACAAACAGAAGAUUUUGUGAUACAGAUUAAAUACCUGUAUCAACCAUUUAACCACAUUAAAAUGCAUCCCCCUGGCAAGCCAAACAUCACCAAUGCCUCAAUCGCCUGGACACCAGGAGCUCCCAUUUCAGUAAUGAUAUCCAACUAUGACUUCCAGCUACAGUGGAAACAGGAACUACAUCACUGGGAGGAUGCUGUGGAGGUGAACAUAUCAAACAAACAGACGUAUUUUGACCUGGACCCUGACAUGCUGGAGAGAGGAGGGAGGUACCAGGUCAGAGUCAGGGUUCGCGCCGACCCAGGCGAUUACCCAGACUGUCAGUGGAGCUACUGGAGCCCCAGUGCAUCAUGGGUCUCCACUCUGGGCCAGAUGAAGCCAACAGGUAGUCCUGAUGUUCUAGACCAGGACUCUGUGGUGGUCACUGUGGUGGGAGCUGUUGUUGUACUGGUCCUGCUGGUCUCCAUGUUGCUCUGCAAAGGAACGGUCAAGAAGAUUCUGAAUCCUCCUAUACCAGAUCCCUCCAGGUACUUUGAGGGCCUUAACCUCCAUCACCAUGGAAACUUCAAGGCUUGGCUGGGUCCUUUGUUCGACCUUGAAAUCGUCAACUCUGCCUUGCACCGUGAAGACAUCUCCCAGGUAGAGAUCACCGACAGCCUGGACAACGUCACCGCCUUGAGGACGGCACCACCACAGGAGAAGAGAUGGGACAACAGUGGCCGCUACGGCUUCUCCAACUCCAGCUACUUCUUAUCUCAAUGCUCCCAGCCUGGAUCCACCUCCACCAAGCUGGAACCCUGUUCUGUACACUCCCCUUACGGACCAGUAGGUGGCACUACUGAAGAGAUAGAAGAGUGGAAGGAGGAAAACAGAGGAGAAAGGAUGGAUAGUGUUAGAGGUGUAGGGGGGAAGGACGGAGAUAUCAGGGGUGGAGGGAAGGAUAUAGACUCCAGACCCAACACCGUGCCCCUCAGAGCCCAGAUUCAGGCAUUGGCAGUGGGGGAGAGGAUCAGGAAAGUCAGGAGAGCGUGGAGGAUGCGGUCAGGCCAAAUGUGA